UCAGGUACGUCUUUUCAACUAAAACUUAUAUUUAAUGUAAAACGCGUUCUAAUAUUAAUAUAUUUUAUUACUUCACAUUGUUCACAGUCCGCUUUAGGCAUUGGUUGUGGUUGCGGUUAUGGAGGUCGUGGCUACGGCGGUCUGGGCUAUGAUGGUCUGGGCUACGGGGGUCUUGGAGGUGGAUGCGGACGUGGUUUCAGCGGUGGUGGUCUCCCUGUAGCUACUGCCUCUGCUGCUCCCACUGGGCUGGGUGUAGCUUCCGAGAACAGAUACGAGGGUACCGUCGGUGUCUGCGGUAACCUGCCUUUCCUUGGUACUGCUGAUAUCGCUGGUGAGUUCCCCACUUACGGUUUCGGUGAAAUCGACUACGGUUGCGGUGAUGGCGCCGUCGGCAUCACCGCCGAGAGAGGCAUCGGCUACGCUGGUGGUCUCGGCUAUGGCGCUGGAUACGGUCUCGGCUAUGGAGGCUACGCCGGAACCGGAUAUGGAUGUGGAUGUGGUGGAAGAAUCUACUAAAUAAUAUUUUAAAUUGAACACUGUUAAACCGUACAAAAUAAAUCGCAUCGAACUGA